GGGGCAGCGCGGCAUGGCGGCGCGAGGCCGCCACUGCGGGCUGUGCUCUGCUGGCUUGGCACCGGGAGGACAGCCCCGAUGAGUGGGCACGGACGCAGCCACGGUUGGCAAGAAGGACAAGCGGGUGCUGUCCUAGCAGUGUCUUCCCACAAGGAUCAAGCUUCCUGCGUAUGGCCGUAGCACCCCUGAUGCUCUCGGCAGGCACGGCAGCAGCCUGUGGCCCGCAUCAGGUCUGUGCCUGUUGCCCUGGUUUUCCCUGGUCCCCUGCCCAGAGAAAGUGCAGAGGGGAGAAGCUCUCUGGGAGCUGGCAGAAGCUGCCCGGGCUGAUGUAGCCCCCAGGCCCAGCGCUGGCCCUGCAGCAGCUCCGGCCCUCGGCAUGGAGCCGCAACGCCAGCGCAUGCCUGUCCCCUGAGUGCAGCUGAAGCAUUCCUGGGCUCGGGGUCUGACCCGCACGCACCUCGCUUAGCGUGCAUGUUCUUCAUGUUCUGCUGACAGCUCUGUGCCCCAGCUGCUGCCUCUCUGCUCCCCGCUGCCAGCUGCCUGCUUCGUGGCAGGAGGAGAUGCUCUCUUGCUGUCGCCGAGCAUGAGCAGUAGGGCAAGGACGCUGCCGUAGUCCACAGGCCUGCAGUGACUGACAUCCUUCCAAGUCCCCGGGUGUCCUCUGGAAGUGGUGUCCUGCAAUACUUACCUACCACGACUUUGCCCCCCAGGCUGUCUGAGAUGCUCUAGCAAAUAGUAGGUAUGUUAUUUUGGGAAUGGGAUUGUUGAAUGCAAGGGCUUUAUAAGCGAGGCGAGUCGCAAGCAGCCUCGUUGAGGAAGCUUGUUCCCUAUAACGUAUUUCCUCAGAGACUCUGAAACUGUUGUUCAACACUCAGUUGGACGUAUUUAUUGUAGGUAAUGUUGGAAUCCCAGCAUGGGACCGCACAUGGGAAGAGGCACUGGAUGCUGAAAUGGAAGCCAUGGCUUCUGUCUCGCAGGAGGCAGGCGUAGUCAGGUGCGCUUUGGAGCCUGCUGUUGUUUGCACUGGCCUCAGGAGAUGCCAUCACAGCGAGCGGCUGUGUGCUGCGUGUCCCAGGCUGAGAAGGGGAUUCCCUUGUGGAAGGAGGGCGAGGGUGAAGGAGGCUGAGGGCCCUUUUGUCGGGGCCGGCUCCUGUGUGCCCUCUUGCUGGCCGGAGAGAAGGGCUGCCCGCUGGGCACAGGGAGCGCCUUCUACCUGGCGUCCCGUGCCCUGUCCUGCAGCCCCCUCCUCCUCCUCCGUGGAAGGCCACUGCCAGCAGUGCGGCUGCCAUUUUAGAACCUUCGCCAUGUCCCAGCUGUCACCUUGGUCACCGCUGCCCCACGCAACGCACUCGCCUCGGAGUGCUCUGGCGGUUGAGAGCCAUGUCAGGCACGAAGAGAGCGAGAGGGGACGAUUGCCCUAUUGUAGGUGGGAAGAGGGAGCUGGGGGCCCCAGAAGCGAAGAGGAGGAGGGGGCCCGCCAUGACCAUCAAGCGGAGGAGGGGCAGGAGAGUGCGUUUCCAUCGCACCUGGACCAGCAGCGUGAGCACCACCGUGGAGCCCAUGGAGGUGGAUCCACCUCCGGAAGAGCCCAUGGAGGUGGAUCCACCUGCAGAAGAGCCCAUGGAGGUGGAUCCGCCUGCGGCAUAGCUGGCCUGGCACCACACCACCGUGCCAGGCCCCGCAUCGGCGCCGUCACAGCUCCGCCAUCGCUGGUCCAGGCGCUCGGCUCCUUACCCGCUGCGCGGCCCCCGCCCCCAGCAUUAGCUGGGUGGCAUUAUUUAACAUCUGGUCCUCCUCUGGCGCCGAGUUCUGCGGGCCCCCAGUCCCCUCUGAGCCCCGUUCUGUCCCCGUCCCCGUUCUUGUUGAUGUUAGUGUUAAGUUUAGUUUUAGUGGUAGGAGUAGGUUGUUGUUUGUAUUUUAGAGUUAGGUAGGGGUUCUUGUUGUUAUGUUAGUGUUAGGAGUAGAUUGUUGUUGUUGUUGUUGUUGUUACUUUAGAGUUAGGCGUAGGUUGCUGUUCUUACUUUAGUGUUAGGCAUAGGUUAGUGUUGUGUUGGUACUUUUGAGUUAGGCGUAGGUUCCCCCUCUCGACUGGAAGCGCACAGUGCUCACUCGGUAAGCACGCGUCUGCUGGAUGAUGCGAAGGCUGCCGUGAGAACGGAGGUCUGCUGGCACCUGCGAUUCAUUGCAUUUCCAUGUGGUGACUUUUCUGUUGCAGAGUGUCGGGGAGCAGAGUGUGAGUGGCUGAGCAAUGGAGUUGGCACUCAGGCGAGCAACACGUGACUGUGCCACAAACUUCCCGUGUGGCCAUUGCAAGCCUCUGGUGUUGUACAGCACAGCAGCAGCACAGCCCUCAAUGCAUACCCAAGGAACGUGAAAAGCUCCUCUUCCCCUCACCUGCAAGGGGACCAAUGCUCCAGUUUGAGGACUCUUUUCCUCGGCAGGUGGUAAAAGACGAGGCAGCUGCGAGUUUCGUGUCCUCCUAUGUGAUUGGAAAGCAGCCACCUUGAGAGCAGUAGAGCAGCAGGCUGUCUGCACUAUGGCUGCUCAACGGCAUUUCUCCCCACCUGAGAUCCCUGAGCCCACGCUGGCAGAGAAUGUGCUGCACCACGGACUCUUCUAUGGAGCCAUGUUGCGGCUUCUGUGUGUGCUAGCCAUUAUCCUGCCAGUUUCCAGGUCCCAUAAGCCAGACUCGGACAGUUCUGGGACUAAGACUUGGGAGACGGUGAAGAAACCCAAGGCAAGUGCUGCUCAGCUGAGGAAGAAAGCCAAGAAGGAAAGCAAAAAGAGACAGCAAGGGCUUGGCUGAGAAGGCCCAGAGGACACCAGAAUCACCUGGAAUGCUUCCUCAGAGGUGGCACCACAGGCAGCUGACGAAUCGUCUGGUUUUCUGGCACAGCCGUGCUUUCCCUGCCAUGGACAGCGCAGAGGGGCUAAGGAAAGUGGAAGGGAAGGGCUUGUGCUGCGUUAUAAGCAAAGAGGACUGGCCAUAGGCAGGACUUCAUGUAUGGCAAGAGCUGGAGACGCUGUGCUCCUUCAGGGUGUGUCUCUUUGGGGCCAGGGCCAGUCUAGUAUUAGAUAGAAAUAUGGCUAGACGGGACUGGAGAGAGAGGAGGUGACGUAGCCACAGGGUCAGGCUUCUCCUUGUAUCUGACUGGAGGCUGAAUGACUCAUUGCUAAGUGGAAAUCCUGGACACUGGGGUUUCAUUGUGGGGUGGGUAGUGGGGUAAUAAAUACAACCCAAAUCCUUUUGUAUCAAAUAAAAGCGAAAUGAACUUUUUAAAA